AUGGAACAGAGACUUGAGGAAAUUCUGACCGAGCUGGCGUGCCGUUCAGCUGAUGUACCGAGAAACAUGCUCCCUGUCCCUUUUAAAUCAAAGAAAGAGAUUCUAAAAUUUGAGAAAAGUUGGGUAGAGAUUGUUGAAGAAGAAGAAGAGAGACAGAAAAACUUAUUAAAGAUGGAAUCAGAAUUGAAAGCAAUGGCGCCACAAAUAAAGCUUAAAGAAAAGAUGCAGGAAGAACUAAUGAGAGAAGCCCCUAAAAAGAUCGUGAAGCUCAGGCAAACAUUUCUUGCCAUAGAAAAAUCGCGGAAAUUUUGGAAGACAAUCCACGAAGAAUUAAAGGUAGUUUUGGUUAAAAGGGAUCAAGAGAAAAUAGAAUUCCAUCAUCAAAAGACUGCCAUGUCGAAGAUGUUAAAAGAGCUUCAGGUAGUGGCAUCAAAGGAAAUUAAGAAAAGAAGUGAAAGAGAGGAAAGAAGAAAUACCAUUCAGAAAGCGAUGCACCAAGAGUUGAUGGAAGUGGCAUCAAGAAAUUUGGAGAUAAGAAAUGAGAGAGAAGAGAGAAGGGAGACAAUCUGGAAAGCUAUUCACAAAGAGCUGAUGGUAGUUUCAGUUAAAAGGGAUCAAGAGAAAAUAGAAUUCAAUCAUCAAAAGAAGAUUAUGUCCGAGGUGUUAAAAGAGCUUCAGGUAGUGGCGUCAGGAGAUUUUGAGAAAAGAAGUGAGAGAGAGGAAAGAAGGAAUACCAUUCAGAGAGAGAUGCAUCAAGAGUUGAUGGCAGUUUUGACAAAGAAAAAUUUGGAGAGAAAACAGAACACGAAACAGAAGGAAAUGAUGGCGCUGAUGUUGAAAGAGCUUAAGGUAGUGGCAUUAAGAGAAUUGAAGAGCAGAAAUGAGAGAGAAGAAAGAAGGGAGACAAUUUGGAAAGCUAUUCACAAAGAGCUGAUAAAAUUCAACAAAGGCACCAACCCAGAAGACGAGGAAGAAGAUUUAUUUGUCCCUAGAAAGCUUUUCAUGUUCAAGGUGGACACAUUUAAAAACAACUCUCCACAGUAUUAUCAACAUUAA